CACUCUGAAAAUCUUUCUUUAACUUUCUCCUCAAUACCUAACUCGCACCUCCUGGAGCAAACUGCCCAGCCCGUCAGUGUUACUACAUUAUUCGAGUCUUCGACAACAUCGAUUUCAUGACCUUAACAACAAACUACGAUUCGUGAUAUUUGAGUUACAUGACACCAUCCAUUGAAAAUACUUUGAAAAAAGCUUCAGCUACUUGCAGCCUGUUGAUAGGCCUAAGCUUGCGAUGGCCUCAAACCAGAAUGUGAAUCUACACGUUCACAGAUCAUUCAUUCUAUGACUCAACGGACACUGAUUAUAAUUCUUAUCAAUAGAUGUGGAAAGGUAUCCUAUUCAAGUUGCUGGACGAAAAUACGGGUUUCCCAGAACAAUUUUUCACUCCAACACCUUACAGAAUCGAUACCGAGAACAAAAUUGUGGGCAACAUGGAAGGCAUAUCAUUGCUUGAGAUGCUUGAAACAAUCAAGUCCGACUUCCGCCAGCUCAAAAAUAUUGCGGAUACAAUCAGAACUAGCACCCUUGACGAAUGGGCUGGCAUCAACUCCGACCGUCCAGACCGGAACGGCCUCGUGCAUGGCGGCGAUAUUUUAGGGGAUAUCAGCAUAAUAUCACGCAUGGACACAGCAGGCACCAAGGAAACCCAAAUAUGGAAAGAGGUGUUCAGAAAGAACUACGGCGUGUCCUUUUCAACGUGUACAAACUCCAAUCGCAUUCGACAGGCAGACGAUCGGUUAAUUGAGAUUUUCAACAUCUAUGCCAAUACAAAUGUCUUACAUCGUUGGGAAAGACCAGAGGUAACGGACACGGUGAAAAAAAUCCAAUCAUGCUGUUGGAAAAUCCUUGAAGCCUGGUCUACGAAAGGCAGUGAUAUCUUCGAAGAUCCUUCCAUCUUGGACAACUACAAGACCGCAGCCACAUUACACCACUCAUGACAAAUGGCUGGGGACUACCAAAGGGCUGGCCGGGCAGUGAGGGGCGGGUGAUUGAAAGGCUUCCAGAUU